UCUCACAGCGACUCAUCGGGACAGAGAUUGAACCGUGAAGACGUUUUUUUUGGUGUGAACAUUUCCGAAAACAAAUGUUAACUUUCGGAUAGCGUUUGCUAGAUUAUCUAGCGUUUCGGGGGCUAGAUUCCAGUUCACUUGCUGGUGCUCUGCUGUGGAAAUAGGGAUCAUGUCGUCUCCAAGUCCGGGUAAAAGGCGAAUGGAUACCGACGUGGUGAAACUCAUCGAGAGCAAGCAUGAAGUCACCAUCCUCAGUGGACUCAAUGAAUUUGUAGUGAAGUUUUUCGGACCACAAGGAACACCGUACGAAGGAGGCGUGUGGAAGGUGCGAGUCGAUCUGCCGGACAAAUAUCCUUUCAAAUCGCCAUCAAUAGGAUUCAUGAACAAGAUUUUUCAUCCCAACAUUGACGAAGCGUCAGGGACAGUGUGCUUAGAUGUCAUCAACCAGACAUGGACCGCCCUUUAUGAUUUAACCAACAUCUUUGAGUCGUUCCUGCCCCAGCUGCUGUCUUACCCGAACCCCAUCGACCCCCUGAACGGAGACGCAGCUGCCAUGUACCUUCACCGGCCAGAGGAGUACAAGCAGAAAAUCAAAGAAUACAUCCAGAAAUAUGCAACAGAGGAGGCUCUGAAGGAGCAGGAAGAGGGGGCGGGCGACUCCUCGUCUGAAAGCUCCAUGUCUGAUUUCUCAGAAGACGAAGCCCAGGACAUGGAGUUGUAGUGAUGGGAGGGCUCCCCAUCCCGCCUCCACAGAGACUAUAUUUGAUUUCCUAACUAUGAGAAAGCAGACUUAUAAUAUUCAUAUUUAAACAAGUUGAUUUUUUUAUUAUUAUUACUCCUAAACAAGGGUUUUUACGGAUAUCUAGCCUUUGGUGUGUUUGACAGACACCCCUCCCCAUGUCGCAAUUGCUUUCACACGCCCGUGUUUUCUCCCCGUGAACAUCGAAUUUCUUUACUCAAAGUUCACUUUUUAAUAUAUAUAAAAGAUAUGUGUGUUUGACCUGAUCCCUAAUUUCCUUUUUUCUUUAUAGUCCUUCCACUACAAAGCUGCUUUGGUCUUGCUUGCUACUCUACAAUAUUGUCUUGUAGUCAAGACGGUGUUCCUGAGGCGCACAAUCACACACACAAGGUGUCAUAGACUCAUAGCACACCUUAUAAAGGAGGACAAGAAGUGUAGGGCCAAAGGAAGAUCCUGAUCCAUCAAUAAAGGCUUCACAAGGACUUGGGAGAACAAAUGAAUUGGAUACAUGUCUUGUUACAGGGUGAGUGACACAUUUCUAACAGUGUUAUUGGUCAAGAACAACUUUUCAGGUCGAAAAAGAAUGUAAUGAUCAUCUAUUCGGGUGAGUUUAGAAAACCAGCACCAAAGUCCGUUUUUUAUUCGAGUGAAAAGCAGCUAACGUGUUUUUUUUAGUUGAACUGAAAAUGAAGAGAUGUAUUGAAGCUCCCUCUUUGUGGAGUAUCUGUCCGGCUCCGAUGCAUGACCUUCACAUAGGUCCGACCUGAUGUUUGCACCCCGACUGCAUCAAAUGGACUUUAUUUCUCCCCACCAGGAUCUCUAGUUGGAAGAUUUCAAAAUAAGAGCCCAAUGUAUGACAUUCAGCAAUUUUUUGUUGAUUCAAUGUUGCGGGUUAAGAUGUAAAUCCAUGAAAGAAAUUUUAUUCCCUCUACAUUUAGUUUUCUUAUUUUUUGCCCGAUGGACGUUUAAUUUUGUCACUUCUUCUGCGCCUCAUCGCCAAAGGAAGGGUGACCGUUUAAGAACGACCUCAAACCAAACGGUUUCCACACGGUCAUGGAAGUUCAAAUGUCACAUGGUUUUUACACGUCCUACGUUCACUCUCCUCUUUCCAUGAAGGGAUCCUGUGCAAAUAGUGAUUAAUUUGCACACUUAUUCCCACAGAUGAGGGGUUGUUAGACCCGAGACACAACCCUGAAUUUGUUUUUAAUUUCCAAUAUGUAUCCCAAUAUUUUGUCUGUGGAAGGAUCUGGGUAAUGCUUUCUCCUGUUGGGGAGGUUUGGGCCAUUGUAACUGUUUCAGAGCUCACCUUUGUGAUAUUCCACAUGUGCAAGGCAGUAUGAAGCUAUGUGAAUGUUUUCAUGUGUUCACAGUGUGUGUGGUGGCGUCUGUGAUCCACUCACACAGAACAAACCUGCAAACGGCUUGCGUUUCCUCCCUAAGCUGCCUAUAAAUGUAUUUAUUCAUUAUAUAGAGACCUUUUUAUCCCUUUUUAAAAAUCUUUGUCAUAAAGCACCACUUUAAGGUUAUGGGUUGGCUAAAUAAACUCUGGUGAGAUCCUUGAGUUUGUUUUGUUUUCAGUAAUUCAGAUCGAAUGCUUGUUUUACUUUUUACAUUUGGGCAGUAUUGUAUGCGAGUGCCAAAAAUAUGGCGCAUCCGAGUUGAGAAUUGUAAUAAAGUAGCACAUUAUGAGGCAAUGGUGCAACAGGGAACUAAUGACAUUUUUUAAAUCUUUUUCAAAAACAAGGCUGUUGUGUUUGGGUAAAGUUAUAAGUUUGGUUUUUAGCAUUAUUUGCAUCUGCUGGGCAUUAAACGGAUGAUAUACUCAACUGUGGCCUGGCGUUGCUCUGGUAACCAUGACAUCCCUUUGAUCUUUUCAGCGGCCUCCCGCAUUCUUUUACUUAUUCAAUGUCAAGAGAAAUAAUCACUGCCUUUUUUGUGAAUCAGGUUGUAUUGAACUCAAGAAAAAUGUCCUCAAACCAGCGAAUGACUACGUUUCCCCAUUGCAACUUGAACUAAAAAAAUUAUUUUUGAAAAAAGUAUUGAGAACCAUGUUUUAUAGUGCUUUUAUUUUGAUUUCCUUUCGGCUUCCUCCCCUCCUCGUCGUCUGCUCUCAGACCACACGUGUGCAGAUAGACGGACCUGUCACCAAUCCUCCGUCCAUGGCUCGUCCUGUUCUUAUCCGGCACACACAGCAUGGUUGUUGUUUUUUUACAGAAUCUACGUAUUAGUGUGCGAUACUUAAGGGUUAAAAAGUCAAACGUUGUUUCUGUUUGUUUAAGUUUUUGUGUUCAUCCUCGGUCUUAUUUUGAUGAACCACUUUUCCCUCUUGUUUUUUCUUCUUUGCAUUGUGAAGUGGGCAUGCUUGUCAAAAAGACCAAUGCUUUCUAUUAAUAGGCUUAUAACCUCAUACAUAGUUGUGUAUAAAAUAAACUGUUAUCACUUCUUUUUUGUAAUAAAACAUUAAAUGUGUAUAAAAGGUC